AUGGCGGAACGGGUCGAAGAAACCUCUGUUACAGAAGGAGAAAACACGAUUGAAGAAAGACAAGUCGGAGCUAUGUGGGAAUUAGAGAAGACACUUGAUCAACCCAUGGACGAAGAAGCUAAUAAGCUCAGGAACAUGUACAUAGAAAAGGGAUUGUCAAUGUGGAUGAUACUGAGACUAUCAUUCCAAAGCUUAGGAAUAGUAUACGGAGAUUUAGGGACAUCUCCAUUGUAUGUGUUCUACAACACAUUCCCUGAUGGAAUUGAGGAUAGUGAAGAUGUAAUCGGAGCUCUUUCUUUGAUCAUUUACUCUCUUUUGCUUAUUCCUCUCAUCAAGUAUGUCUUCAUUGUCUGCAAAGCUAAUGACAAUGGUCAAGGUGGGACUUUAGCUAUAUACUCGUUGCUCUGUAGACAUGCUAAAGUGAAACUAAUCCCGAAUCAGCAACGCAGCGACGAGGAUUUAACGACUUAUAGCCGAACUUUGUUCCCUGAAGGUUCUUUUGCUGCUAAGACCAAGAAGUGGUUGGAGAGUACACAAUCUAGGAAGAGAGCUCUUCUUGUCGUUGUUCUUCUUGGAACUUGUAUGAUGAUUGGUGAUGGUAUCUUAACUCCAGCCAUCUCCGUUCUUUCAGCGACUGGUGGGAUCAAAGUCAUCAACCCAAAGAUGAGCAGCGACGUUGUUGUGCUUGUCUCUAUCAUCAUUCUAAUAGGACUGUUCAGUAUGCAACACUACGGCACAGACAAAGUCGGAUGGCUCUUUGCGCCAAUAGUGCUUAUUUGGUUCCUCUUCAUCGGAGCCACUGGAAUGUACAACAUCUUCAAACACGACACUAGCGUUUUGAAAGCGUUUUCGCCAACAUACAUCUACUUGUACUUCAAAAGACGAGGCCGAGACGGUUGGAUCUCGCUCGGUGGCAUUCUUCUCAGCAUCACAGGCACAGAGGCACUAUACGCAGACAUUGCUUACUUCCCUUUACUAGCGAUACAGCUCGCGUUUACGUUCUUUGUGUUCCCUUGUCUUCUUCUUGCUUACUGUGGACAAGCUGCGUAUCUUGUGAACAACAAGGAACAUUAUAAAGACGCCUUCUAUGCAUCUAUGCCUGAUAGUGUGUAUUGGCCAAUGUUUGUAGUCGCUACAGGAGCUGCAAUCGUUGGAAGCCAAGCUACGAUCUCAGGGACGUAUUCGAUAAUCAAGCAGGCCGUGUCUCACGGUUGUUUCCCUAGAGUUAAGAUAGUUCAUACUUCCAAGAAGUUCCUUGGUCAGAUCUAUUGCCCUGAUAUCAACUGGAUACUCAUGAUCGGCUGCAUCGCCGUCACUGCUAGUUUCAAGAAUCAGAGCCAAAUCGGAAACGCAUACGGGACUGCGGUUGUGCUGGUGAUGCUUGUGACGACGUUACUAAUGGUUUUAAUCAUGCUGCUCGUGUGGAGGUGCCAUUGGAGUCUUGUCCUUAUCUUCGCCGUGCUCUCUCUCGUGGUGGAGUUUGCGUAUUUCUCUGCCGUGAUCUUCAAGAUAGACGAAGGAGGAUGGGUUCCUCUCAUCAUAGCAGCGAUAUCUCUUCUUGUGAUGUCUGUUUGGCACUACGCAACGGUCAAGAAAUAUGAGUUUGAAGUGCACAGCAAAGUCUCCAUGAGCUGGAUACUCGGUCUCGGUCCAAGCCUAGGGCUAGUCCGUGUCCCCGGGAUAGGUUUAGUCUACACGGAGCUACCGAGUGGUGUGCCUCACAUCUUCUCUCAUUUCAUCACCAACUUGCCAGCGAUCCACUCGGUUGUUGUCUUUGUCUGCGUCAAGUACCUUCCGGUUUACACUGUCCCUGAAGAAGAGAGGUUUCUUGUCAAGAGAAUCGGACCGAAAAAGUUCCGAAUGUUCCGUUGCGUUGCUAGGUAUGGUUACAAAGAUCUUCACAGGAAAGACGACGAUUUCGAGAGCAAACUGUUUAAUAGCCUCUUCUCGUUUAUUCGAAUCGAAACGAUGAUGGAGCCAGCCACAAAUUCAAGCACCUACAGUAGCGUGAACCACACGCAAGAGUCUACAGAAGCAUUUAUGCAUAACAACACCAACAACCACAAUGGCAACAGCAACAACAACAACAACGAGAACAAUACCAAUGCGGAUAUGUUCUCGUCGAUGGUGGACUACACGGUGUCGAGUAUAGGAGACACGAUAGUUCCAGCUGAUAGUUUCAGCGAGAACCACACGGUGGAGGAAGAGGAGGAGGAUGAGUUGGAGUUUCUAAGGACGUGUAAAGACGCAGGGGUUGUGCAUAUUAUGGGGAACACUGUGGUGAAAGCAAGAAGUGGGUCAUGGCUUCCGAAAAAGAUUGCGAUUGAUUAUGUUUAUGCGUUUCUUGCCAAGAUUUGUAGGGAGAAUAGUGUUAUCUUGCAUGUUCCUCAUGAAACCCUUUUAAACGUUGGACAAGUCUUUUAUGUUUAG